CGCCAUGCCCAUCACUACUUGUUCGUUUGUUUAUAAUGUUAUUCGUGCUGCUGAAAUGACGUCGAGAACUGUCAAAACGGGCAGCAACCAAAACACAGCUCAGCCCGUACCACAUCGUACACCAGUUUUUAGGGACAAAAUUGUACCAUUUUUUUUUCGUUAUUUAUAAAAUAGAUAGGCAAUAGUUUUUUAAGAAUGCUCUCCGUGUGUCGUUUGUGUGCCCGGUGGGGUGAACCGUUUGCAGAAAUGGACACCAUACUGGUAGAGAAUCUGCAGCCAAACAAGGCGAUCAUGCGAAUGUUUGGCUUCGAUCUUUCUUGUUCACCAUCGUACCCGAACCAAGUGUGCCACGAAUGUGUUCAAAGCCUAGAGUACAGCUUCGUCUUCCACCAGCAGCUGGUGAAUGCGGAAACGCUGCUCCGUACGCUGCUUGAAAAGGGUCAGCUUGAGCAGCGUUUGCUGGAGAAGAAAGAGGUAGGAGAAUCACUGCAGCCAGCGGUGGAGCUGUUGGAAGUGAUUCCACUUUCCGAUAUGCCACAGCACAGCGAGGCUGGCUAUGCUGACCCAGACGAACCAAAGAAGACCGUCGAGAGUUUAAGCGAUGGAGGAGAAUCGCUGCCGGAAGAGAAUGGCUGGCCCGAUAAGUCGGCGGAAAAAGUGAUCGAAAUUAAGAUCGAAGCCAUCGAGGAGUUGGAAAUUAUAAGCAGCCCACUAGAGGGCGGUGAAACAAGCGCUGUGCCAUCUCAGGGAGCAACACAUACGUGCGAUGAUGAAGAAUCGCAUUUCCUGCAUCGAAAAAACAGCGGCGAAGCAGCGUUGGAGCUAUCGAACGAAUCGAACCGCAUUUCCAAUGCCGAACAGAAAGCGAUCCGUGCAAUCGUGCCCAACAAAUGUUACGUGUGCUACAAAGUGUACGCCAACGAGGCCGAACUGACGGCGCAUCUGAUCGAGCACAACGAGCUGCUUCCCUUCCGCUGCCGGCAGUGUAGUACAACCGACCGGGUGUUUGAGUAUCGUACCAUACGCGCCCUGAACAAGCAUCUCGAAUCGCACCGCUACCCGUUCGAUUGUGGCGAGUGUCGGUUGCGCUUCCGCAAGAUAACUGCCCGCAACGAUCACUUUCUGCGCAUGCACAUGUCCGAGGGCGUGUACACGUGCGAACGGUGCGGUGUGGAGUUUCAAGAUGCGCGCAAAUUUCGCCUCCACAUGGCCGCCCACCGGAACAUGGAGCUGCAGCGGUACAAGUGCCCCGUCUGCUCGAAAGCCUUCCAAAGCAGCACACUGCUCGAGCGGCACAAACAGAUACACGCUGCGAAACCACUGUUCCAGUGUCAGCACUGCAUGCGAGGGUUUAACUCGAAAAGCAACUACAUGCAGCACAAGAUGCUGCACCUGCAGCAGAACGCGUUGAUACACUGUGGGGAAGCGGGUUGUCGGCAGAACUUUACCAACUACCGCGGCUGGCGCCGGCACAUGAAGACACACUACCCGCAGGAGGCGGUGUACUGGGAGUGCAGGGACAUGCUGCCGGUUACGCUGCACGAUACGACCGGCUACCCGCAACCCUGCCCGGAAGCGGGCUGUACGUACGUUGCCGCAUCGCUGCCACUCAUGUUUGCCCACUACCGCGUGCACUACAAGGCGUUCCGGUGCGAGCAGUGCGACGGCAGGUACUCGAACGCAUCGGCCCUGCGGCAGCACGUGGAAAUACGCCACGAAGGUGUGCGCCGGUUCGAGUGCGAUCGGUGCGGCAAACGGUUUGCGUACCGGCAUAAGUUGCGUGAACACGUUGCUGUCCAUCUGGGGGUGCGUAACUUCAAGUGUAAGCAGUGUCCGCGUAAGUUUAGCAGCUCAUCGAAUCUGGCCGCGCACGGGAGUACGCAUGCGAGCGAACAGGCCGCUAACAGUAGCCGGCGUUGUGCGCUGUGCGCAACGACGUUCGUAUCUGCGGCGGCACUUGCGCAUCAUCAUCAGGAGUACCAGCGAUUGGGCCAAUCGGGCGCGAGUGCGUGCGAAAGGAUCCAGGCAAGGAGGCAGGAGGAAGAGGGUUUGCUGCGGCAACGUGAAAUGGAGUCGUCCAGCGAUUAGGUGAGUCAGUGCUCGAAGGAACACGUUUAGCUAGCCCGUUAGGAGAUUGUUAAGUAAGUGUGGAUUGAAAAAGGUUGAGCAUUAAGCGAUGUUACUAAUCAACGAAGUGUAAUUAUCAUUAUGGUGUAAUUAAAUUCAGUGAUUAUCAUGAAGGUA